GCCACCUCCACACUAAACCUGUCAGGGCAAGUGUAAGCCUUAGUGCUAGGUAGUUUUGUGUGUGGCGCUGUGGACAAUGAGGUUGUUACCUGCUGGGCUGUUUUUGCUUGUGUGCUCCUCUGUUUAUAGUCAGUCAUUCAAACGUUUAUCUCGGUAUGGCCCAUUUGAUGCUGAAAUGGAAUGGGAAGCAAUGGAGAAAAUACUAGACGAUGAAAAGACCCAGUCUUUGGCACCCAGGGCACCCAGGACCAAACUGUUGAGGAGUAGUGGAUCUUCUCAGCCUCAAGCCAAGAAGGUGCCGGAGUACAUUAGUGUCCCAGCCUCUAAAGUCCAGAAAGAACUUUUCAAGCCUGGGAAGGGCGGAGAAGCAAUGCCUAAUUCAGUAAGGGAACUACUGCUUGUGACUGCUGCUCCUGGAGGCAGUGUCACAACCCGCCCACCCAUGAUUCAGCUCCUCUGCCAUACGGACAGAAUGUAUGUGAGGAUUAAGAAAGAGGCCUUUACCCAUAAAAAAGCAUACAAGUUUUUGAAAAUAGGCUCGUGUCCUGUUAAUGCAGCUACAUCAGAGUACUACUUCCUCCUCUACAUGCUGAAAAGUAACUGUGGAUUCACAACACAGAGCCUUCCAGACCAUGUGGCCGUUGCCAGUGUGCUCCACUACAAGCCAGAUCCUGACAGUCCAGUUGUGAGGGAGCUUCCAUUCAGUAUACCUGUGCAGUGCAGAUAUCAGAGGUUCUUUCACUCCUAUAAAGUUGGUUUCCACCCCAAGCCACAAGGAGGCACUGUUUUCAGGCCCCUCAAAUCACUAAGUGGUGGAACCAUCAUCCCUCAAGAUGCAUCAGGACAACAAAUCACUAAAUCCAAAAUCUACACUUUGGGACAGCCAAUGUACUUUGUCGUCAAGAAAUCUGAAAAAGAUGCAGGCAAUCAAAGGCUGUAUGUCAACAAGUGCUUUGUGACCGCCUCCCAAGACCCCAGCAAGACGCCAAAAUAUACUGUGCUUGACAAUCAGGGUUGUAUGAUUGAUGGCAAGGUGACUUCACAGUCGGCGUUCGUCAGUCAUACUUCAAAGAUGGAGGUGAAGUUCCGGAUAGGGGCAUUCGUAUUCAAGGACAUGGCUUCAGAUCUAGCCUCACUAAAGCAACUCUACAUUCACUGUGAACUCAUGAUAGGGCCACUGACUCCAACUGCAAGUGCCAAGUCCUGCAAUUACAUUGCAGCUACCAAAAAGUGGAAAGAGCUAUAUGGUGAUGACGCGGUGUGUACCUGCUGUGACUCAACCUGCCCCUCGGCACAGCCAAAGGCUUCAAGGAACCUGGUCUCAAGUCAUUCUUGGGAGGUGGACUACAAGGCUGGAUAUGCGGAGGUUGAGCCUGACCUCACCGACUUUGAUGCUGAGAGGUACAACUUGGAGGACCAUGCAGAGUUUAUGAAGUACUGGGAGCAUGAAUAAAAUAGUCAUACUGAGCGAAUGACAACAGUUGAACGUGUGUUAUGGAGUGGAAUGACCUAAGGAAAGUAAUUUUACUCAAUUAAAAAAAGAGAACCCUUCA